AUGAAACCAGAGAUACAUGAAACCAAAAAUGACAUCAACUACAUCAACGACAACAUCUGCAACAUCAACAAUAUCGGCAACAACAUCAACUACACCAACAACAUCAACAACAUCAACAGCAACACCAACAACAACAACAUCAUCAACAACAACUACAACAUCAACAACAACAUUAUCAACAACCUAGAAACAAAACAACAUCAUCAUAAUACGUACAAACAGAUCUGCGAAAAACACAAACCCACAAGUACAACACACAAACAUAACCACACAAACACAAAAUGUACAUCCUACAUUGACGCUGGCACGCGAACCUGCAUGGAGACAGAUAAUGAUAAUGAUACGAUACGAAACGAACCGACAGGAAACGAGACAUGA